AUGCACAGUGCCCUGACAGCUGUCAGGCUGGCUUCAAAGCUCUGCCAGAGAGUGCAGCUCCAACUGAAGGCGGGAGAGAAAACAGACAAGGCAGAUGAGUCACCCGUCACAGUGGCAGACUACGGCGCUCAGGCCUUGGUGGCAUGGAGUCUGCAGCGCUCCCUGCCAAAUCAGCCCUUCUCCAUGGUUGCAGAGGAAGACUCCGUGGAUCUCAGGCAGCCAGAGGGGGCAGGCAUGGCAGCGCGAAUCACAGCCAUGGUGAACGAGGUCGUUUCCCAAGAAGAGCCUGGCUCUCAGCCGCUGUCUGAGGCCGAUGUUCUGGGGCUCAUAGACACCGGCGGCUCGGAAGGAGGCUCUCAGGGGAGGCACUGGGUGCUGGACCCAAUAGAUGGCACAAGAGGCUUUGUGGGAAUGCGCCAGUAUGCAGUCUGCCUUGGCCUGCUUGACCAGGGGCAGGUGGUGGUGGGAGUGCUGGGCUGCCCAAACCUGCCCGGCGGGCAAAUACAGGACGAGGACGGCGCCGGCAACUCAGCCGCCAAGGCCGGGACAGAUGGCGUCGGCGUCAUAUUCGCAGCGCAAAAGGGCGCUGGCUCGUACGCAGGGCCCCUGGCAGGCAGCGCGUUUCCACGGGAUCGCUUGCAGCUGUCAGACACGCAGAACUUCUCCCAGAUCCGCUUCAUGGAGUCGUACGAGUCCAAGCACAGCGACUUCAGCUUCACCGCGAAGCUGGCCGCCAAACUUGGCGUCUCCCGGCCGGCCCUGCGGAUCGACAGCCAGGCCAAAUACGGUGCGCUGGCCAGGGGAGAUGCAGCGAUAAACCUGCGAUUCCCCCGGCCGGGCUACAGAGAGAAGAUCUGGGACCACGCAGCCGGCGCGCUCAUCGUGCAGGAGGCCGGCGGUGUCAUCAGCGAUGCUUCAGGAGCCCCUCUUGACUUUGGAAAAGGGAGGUGGCUGGAUCUGGAUAGGGGUAUUGUGUCUGCCACGCCUGCAGUGCAUGCUGCACUGCUGCAGGCCAUCCAGGAAGUCUCUCAAUCAGGGGAUUGA